AGUAUCUUGCUUGAUUUCCGUUAAAAAAUGCAGGUCGUUCCAAAAGUGGAAAUAUUAAUAUGCGACGGGCGGGGGGGCUGCCUUUGGGGAGUAAAAAAGUUCUCUUGGAGCGACGAGCCGGGGAACGGCGGACGAGUGCUACUCGGCAGAAGCGGAUCUGGGAGGAGAGGCGAGCUCAGGUCGUCCCGGCGCGGCGCGGAUCUGAACUCGGCUCCUCUGCCUGCGGAGAUGAAAAGGCCGGCGCUGGCGCCGCCGGGGCGGGCGGGGCGCGGCGGGGCUACGCCGGGCUGGGGUUCGAGUGUUUGCAGAGGAGCGCGCCGGGGGCGAGGCGAGCUGGGAGCGCACACGUGUGCGUGUGUGCACGCGUGUGCGUGCGUGAGCGCCGCGGGAGGCUCAGGCGCUCGGUCCGCCCCGGGCGCCGCGCACCGCGGGGCCUAUGCCGGGUCCGGUCCAGGUCCCGGUCCCGGUCCCGGUUCCGCCGCUCCGCCGCCCGACCUCCUCCGCUGCUCGCCGCCCCGGCCGGGGUCGAUCCUCGUCGCCGUCGCUGUCCCCGCGGUCCCCGCAGCCCGGACGCGCCGACCGAGGCUAGAGCCCAGGGGUGCAGGGGCACCCCGAUCCCGCCCGAUCCCGGCCCGGCCCGCCUGGCUGCCUCGCCUAGGGUCGCUGGGCACCGGCCACCCCGCAGGCCCUGCGCCCGCCUGCGCCUCCCUGCGGCCGGGCGGGCGGCUCCGGAGCGGCUCCUACACCGCUGUCCCCGCGCUCGCCAUCCCGCCGCGCUCUCCUCCGCCUGUGGGGCUCCCGGGCUCCGCUCCGCUCGCAGCGAGCCUUCCGCUGCCAGCAGAUAACAUCACGAUCUUGCCGGGAGGAGAGAUUUAUAAGUUCUCUGCGGACCACGUGUCUGCCUUCAACAAAGUGACGUGCGAGGGCCGCGGUCGGAGGAGUCCGCUCGCCGCUCAGACGCGACGCUGCCGCCGCCGCGGGGUGCGCGGGGAGGCGCACGCGGGUUGGGUUUCGGCCGCGCGCCUGAGCGCAGUCCGGCCACGCACCGGGAUCCCGCAUCCCGUUUGCACUUGGCCUGGGUAG